AUGGCGGACCGUUUUGACUGUGACAACUGUAAGGAGUCUCUGUACGGGCGGAAGUACAUCCAGUCCGACGACCGUCCCUACUGCAUCCCCUGCUACGACAGCCUCUUCUCCAACACCUGCGACGAAUGCAAGGAGCUGAUUGGCCACGACGCUCGGGAGCUGUUCUACGAGGAGCGCCAUUACCACGAACACUGCUUCCGCUGUUUCCGCUGCGACCGCUCCCUCGCCGACGAGCCGUUUACCAGCCAGGAGAACGCCCUGCUGUGCAACGACUGCUACUGCAACGAGUUCUCCUCCAAGUGCGUGGCCUGCGAAAAGGUGGUCAUGCCGGGCUCGAAGAAGCUGGAGUACGGAGGCUCCACAUGGCACGAGGACUGCUUCGUCUGCCACAGCUGCGAACAGCCCAUCGGCUCCAAGUCCUUCAUCCCCGACAAGGACGAGCACUACUGCGUCACCUGCUACGAAGACAAGUUUGCCCCUCGCUGCACACGCUGUAAAAAGACCUUGGCCAAAGGCGGCGUGACCUACAGGGACGAGCCGUGGCACAAGGAGUGUUUCGUCUGCACCGGCUGCAAGAUGCAACUGGCCGGACAGCACUUCACCUCCAGGGACGAGAACCCAUACUGCCUCAAGUGCUUCGGCAGUCUGUACGCCAAGAAGUGUGAGGCCUGCUCCAAGCCUAUCACAGGCUUCGGAGGAGGGAAGUACAUUUCCUUCGAGGAGCGGCAGUGGCACCAGCCGUGCUUCACCUGCAGCCAGUGCUCCGUCUCGCUGGUGGGGGCCGGAUUUUUUCCAGACGGGGACAAGAUCUUGUGCCGUGAAUGCCACGGCAACCUAUAA